CCCUCUAUGACUUGUCCUCAAGACCUGGCAGCACAUUCCCAUGUCCCCACUUACCUGGGGCACAGUAGGUGCCAGGUGGCUCGUCCCCACUGCCCGCAGCUGGCAGAAGGCAGCAGGGGGGACCUUGGCCCUGCCUGGCUCCAAGCCACACGGCUCCCAGCUGCCAUAAAGCUGGUGGCCCUGGGGACAGAGCCACAUCGUCCCAGGAUGGCGUUCCUGUGGGUCGUUGCCUGCCUGGCUCUGGCCAGCGCCGUCUCAGGCUGCGGGGUGCCUGCUGUCAGCCCCUUCCUGGAGCAGAGCGAGAGGAUCGUCAAUGGGCAGAACGCUGUGCCCGGCUCGUGGCCCUGGCAGGUGUCCCUGCAGAGCCGCACAGGAUCCCAUUUCUGCGGCGGCUCCUUGAUCAGCCAGUACUGGGUUGUCACAGCCGCCCACUGCAACUUCAACCCCAACGCUCACGUCGUCGUCCUCGGGGAGUAUGACCUCUACUCCAACGCCGAGCCCAUCCAAGUGAAGACCGUGAGCAGGGCCAUCACACACCCCAACUGGAACCCCAACACCAUGAACAACGACAUCACGCUGCUGCGCCUCUCCUCGCCCGCGCAGCUGGGCCCCCGCGUCUCCACCGUCUGCCUGCCCCCCCCCAACAUGGCCAUACCCAACAACCUGCAGUGCGUCACCACCGGCUGGGGACGCACCAACCCCAACUCCCAAGCCCUGGCCACACGCCUGCAGCAGGUCACCGUGCCCUUGAUCCCCACGAGCCAGUGCAUGCAGUACUGGGGCAACAGGAUCACCAGCUCCAUGCUCUGCGCCGGUGGGGUUGGAGCCUCCUCCUGCCAGGGCGACUCCGGGGGACCCCUGGUUUACAGGAGCGGCAGCGGCUGGACCCUGAUCGGCAUCGUCUCCUGGGGAACCACCAACUGCGAUGUCCGCACCCCGGCCAUCUACACCCGCGUCAGCAACUUCCGCACCUGGAUCGACUCCGUGGUCGCCCGGGGCUAGAGAAGCUGGGAACACCCCCCUUGGCAAUAAAGCAU